AUGUCUCUGCGUCCGUCCACUGCUCCUCUGUGUGCCCCUUUGCCUUCUCCUCCUGAGUCAUCUCUUCCUGCUCUUGCCGACCCGGAGUCGGACUCUCUGCGUGCUGCCAGUCCUACUGUCACGCGUCUCCUUGCUACUGUCGUCACUGACCCUUCCUUUGAGUCCACUGCUGCGUCUGCCCUAGUUGCUGAGCUCGUCGACUUUGCUGCUCGCUGUCGUCUAGACUACGCUGCUAGUCUUGUCGCUGAGUCUGAGACUGUCUGUCCUCCGUCCGUCGGGGGUGAGUGUGCCCUUGGCACGGACGUCCUUGAGGACAGGCAGGAGGAGUUCCAGUGUUUGGCUGCUGCUUCACCUCAUCUCGUGUCCGUACUGCUUACCCCUGAGGGAGACCCGGAUGCACUUGACAUCCCGACUCCGCGCUCUUACGCGGAGGCGAUAGAGGGUCCCUACUCCUCUCAGUGGCAGGCAGCUAUGGAUACAGAGAUGGCUUCCUGGAAGUCCACAGGCACCUACGUUGACGAGGUUCCCCCGCCUAGGGCGAACAUCGUCAGUGGCAUGUGGAUUUUCAGGGUGAAGCGGCCGCCGAGUUCUCCGCCUGUCUUGAAGGCGCGUUACGUGGCUCGUGGCUUCAGUCAGCGGCAGGGAGUUGACUACUUUCAGACCUUCUCUCCCACCCCAAAGAUGACCACUCUUUGGGUACUGCUGCACAUAGCUGCUCACCGUAACUACGAGCUGCACUCUCUUGACUUCAGCACUGCUUUCUUGCAGGGCAGCCUGCACGAGGAGAUCUGGCUGCUCUACGGUCUCCGCCAGGCACCGCGUGAGAGGCACGACACACUGAGGAAUACACUUGCGGCUCUUGGGUUUGCUCCCUCUACUGCCGACCCGUCGCUGUUUCUGCGCACCGACACCUCUUUGCCGCCGUUCUACAUCCUCGUGUACGUCGACGACUUGGUCAUUGCCACUGCUGACACUGCUGGACUCGUCCACGUGAAGUCCGAGCUGCAGAAGAGACACACGUGCAUAGACCUGGGUGAACUGCGCAGCUACCUUGGCUUGCAGAUCACCCGGGACAGAGCACAGCGCACCAUUACCCUGACUCAGUCACACAUGGUGCAGCAGGUCCUUCAGCGCUUCGACUUCACGUACUCCUCGCCUCAGGCCACUCCUCUGUCUACUCACCACUCGCUCUCAGCUCUGCCUUCGGAUGAGUCCGUAGAGCCGAGUGGCCCGUACCCAAAGCUUGUUGGCUGCCUCAUGUACCUGAUGACCUGCACUCGACCUGACCUUGCAUACCCUCUUAGCAUCUUGGCACGCUAUGUUGCUCCUGGGAGACACCGACCAGAGCACAUGGCUGCAGCGAAGAGGGUGUUGCGCUACUUGUGCAGUACGUCAGGCAUGGGGCUAGUGCUUGGAGGGCGACGUCCAGUGGUCCUCACAGGUCAUGCAGACGCUUCUUGGGCUGACGACCAGGCUACGCAGCGCUCGUCACAGGGUUACACCUUCAGCCUCGGUUCCGGCUCUGUUUUGUGGUGGUCUACCCGCUCGUCUUCUGUUCUCGGCUCCAGCUGUAAGGCUGAGAUCUACGCGGGGGCCAUGGCUGCACAGGAGCUACGCUGGCUCACCUACCUGCUGACUGACCUAGGAGCGCCGCCUCGUUCUCCUCCAGUUCUGUACGUAGACAACAAGGCCAUGCUGGCCUUGUGUCGGGAGCACAGACUUGAGCACAGAACGAAGCACAUUGCUCUUAGCUACUUCCUUGCUCGUGAGCUACAGCAGCGUGGUUAG